GCGGUGGCACCGAGUAUCGGAUUUGGAUGUAAAGUUACAUGCUAAACCACAGACCCAUAAUUCUCAGCUGGCAGGCAUGAAUCUGGGUAAACUAUAAAUAGGAAAAUAAAAAAAAAAAAUACUAGAAAACGAGCAAAAUAGAUAAAAAAAAUCUAAAAUUGAAAAACUUACGACGCUGUGUUGAGUUUUGGUGGGUAGGCUGCUGACUGGUGAGAAAUUGAGGCCUUUCCUAGUUCCUGUACUCUCUUCUCUCUCUUAUUGUCUCCUCAUCCUUCAAUGGAUCUAUAAUUUAAUUUGUUUUUGUUGGAAUUUCUGCUUUCUGGCCGAACUGACUGCGUUGAAUUGAGGCACAAGUUUGCGCUUUGUCGUUCUUGGAUUGCAGGAAUUUCAUAAAUCCAAGAUCCUCUUUUAAUUUUGGUUUCUGUAUCUUUGACAUGAUUUAGGUUUAAGGGGGCAGCGUCGAUGAGAUUUGUUCUCUUUGGAUCUCGAGGAUUGGUUGACAUUUAGCUCCAGGUUGGAGGUUGAGAAUUUUGACACGUGCAAUUAGAGGUUAUUCGACCUCCCCCCCCCUCCCUCCUCCUCCAGCGAAUUGGUUUGAACCUUCGGUGGGAUCAAGAGGACUCGUUAAGGAUUAGGGUUUUGGCGAUGGCUUCAAAUCCUCCAUUUCACUUGGAGGACCAGACCGACGAGGAUUUCUUUGAUAAGUUGGUGGAGGACGAAGUGGAGCCUGUUAAGUCAGGUCAAAAUGAUGGGUAUGUUUCCGAUGACGCGAAAGUAGUUGCAAAUGUGAGUAUUAGUGAUGCUGAUGUGGCAUUAGAGAAUUCAGACGCUGACGAAAGUGGGCUUGGAGUCAGAGGUGAACUUGGCAGUGUGAAAUUCGAUGGGGGAUUGGUUGGUGCCCAUGCAGAAGAGAAAAUUUCAUCGGUGUCCUCUGGUUCAGUUGGGUUUGAUAGUUGGAUCUCCCCCAGUAACGAUGAGAUGGGAUCACAGAGCACAUCGUCUUCAAAUGUAAAUAACAACGACGGUAUCAUCAAUUCAGAGGUUAAGGAGGUAGGAUGGAAUUCAUUUCAUGCUGAUUCGAAUGGAGGCAACGUGUUUGGUUUAGACUCUGACUUUUAUAAUGAAUUUGAAGAUAAAUCUGGAGAUUUUCCAGGGAAAGCAGAUAAAAAUUUAAAUACUGAGGCGAAACAUAGUUUUGAAUCUCAUAGUGAUGGCUUAAAUACUUCAUCCAAUCACGUGCAAUAUCAAGACGACCGAGGUUAUAAUGCAUCUAUGGAACAAAAUGCAAAUGGGCACGAUCAAAGCAGCAGUAAGUAUUGGGAAGAUCUUUAUCCAGGUUGGAAGUAUGAGCAUAACACCGGGCAAUGGUAUCAAGUGGACGGCUAUAAUGCAACAUCCGCUAAUCAGGAAAGUAUUGAAGCCAAUUCUUCUGUGAACUGGACUGCAUCCAGUGGAACAGCAGUGGUCUCUUACACGCAGCAAACUGCUCAGUCAGUUGCUGGAACUUCAGCUGAAACUGCCACUACGGAAACUGUCUCCAGCUGGGACCAGGUUUCACAAGGGGCUAAUCGAUACCCAGAACACAUGGUCUUUGAUCCUCAGUAUCCUGGUUGGUAUUAUGACACAAUUGCCAAAGAAUGGCGCUUGUUGGAGACCUACAAUUCAUCCAUUCAAUCUACGUCAUGUGGACUUGAAAAUGGGCAUUCCUCUAAUAAUACCUUGUCACACGAUAAUGAUAGUUUCUAUGGAGAGGAUUACCAAACUGGCACUUACCAAUCACAGGGUGUUGGUAGCCAGGCUGUAGGUGGCAGCUGGGGUGGUUCAUAUGGUAUCAGUGGUCAGCGAGGUCUAGACACGUAUACAACUGAUGCUGCUAGUAAAAGUGGGGAUGGUAUGAGCACGGUUGGAAAUCAGCAAUUCGGUCAUACUUAUGGUUCAAGUUAUUCAGUAGAUAACAAUCAAUUAAAUUCUUCUAGUUCCUUCAGAUCAGUCUCAUUGAACAAGAAUGUAAGCCAUAGUCAUGGUUUGGCUAAUGGAACUGUUGAACUCCACAGCUUUGCCCCCAGUACGGACAUUGUUCAGCAGUUUAAUCAUUCAAAUACAAAAUUUGAUGAAAAGAAAGAUUUUUCAGAUCAUUAUGCUGAAAGUCAGAAACCCACUAGCUAUUCUCAGCAGUCAUUCCAGGGUGGGCAUAACUUUUCUUAUGCCUCUCAUGUCGGAAGAUCAUCUGCUGGACGUCCUCCUCACGCUCUUGUAACAUUUGGAUUCGGUGGAAAACUCAUUGUCAUGAAAGAUUCUAGUCUUUUGAGCUCAUCAUAUGGAAGCCAGGAUACUACACAAGGCUCUAUUUCUGUGUUGAACUUGAUGGAUGUUGUCUUGGGAAACACUGGCUCUCCCAGCAUCGGAAAUGUUGCUAGUGAUUAUUUCCGCGUUCUGUGCCAGCAAUCUUUCCCCGGUCCAUUAGUUGGGGCAAGUGUUGGAAGCAAAGAACUGUUCAAAUGGAUAGAUGAUAGGAUUACACACUGUGAAUCACCUGAUAUGGAUUACAAGAAAGGUGAAAGGUUGAGGCUACUUUUCUCCUUGCUUAAAAUAUCUUGCCAGCAUUAUGGAAAAUUGCGUUCUCCUUUCGGUACAGACACUAUACUAAAAGAAAACGAUGCUCCUGAGUCAGUGGUUGCGAAACUCUUUGCAACUGCCAAGAUGAGGGGCGCAGAAUUCUCUCAGUAUGGUGUGCUGAGCCACUGCUUGCAGAAUUUUCCUUCUGAAGGACAACUACGGGCAACGGCUUCUGAGGUGCAAACUCUUCUUGUCUCUGGCAAAAAGAAGGAGGCUUUGCAAUGUGCACAAGAAGGUCAAUUGUGGGGACCUGCUAUUAUUCUUGCCUCACAACUAGGUGAUCAGUUUUAUGUUGAUACGGUAAAGCAAAUGGCACUUCGCCAACUGGUUGCAGGAUCUCCUUUGCGUACAUUAUGCCUUCUAAUUGCAGGGCAACCAGCUGAAGUUUUCUCUGCUGAUACCUCUGUCGGUGGACAUCCUGGAGUCACUAAUGUACCUCAACAUCCUGCACAGGUUGGAUCUAAUGGUAUGCUUGAUGGUUGGGAGGAGAAUCUGGCUGUAAUAACUGCAAACAGAACAAAAGAUGACGAACUUGUUAUCAUUCAUCUUGGUGAUUGUCUGUGGAAGGAAAGAAGUGAGAUUACUGCUGCACACAUUUGCUAUUUAGUUGCUGAAGCCAACUUUGAGUCGUACUCAGAUAGUGCAAGAUUGUGUUUAGUUGGAGCAGAUCACUGGAAAUUUCCCCGAACUUAUGCUAGUCCAGAGGCUAUCCAGAGGACUGAGUUAUAUGAAUACUCCAAGGUGCUCGGAAACUCUCAGUUUAUUUUACUUCCAUUUCAACCAUAUAAGCUCAUAUAUGGAUAUAUGCUAGCUGAAGUGGGGAAAGUUUCAGACUCAUUAAAAUAUUGCCAGGCAGUGUUGAAAUCCCUAAAAUUUAGCCGAGCACCAGAAGUUGAGAAUUGGAAACAAUUGGUGUUAUCUCUUGAGGAAAGGCUUAGAGCCCACCAGCAAGGUGGAUAUGCUGCAAAUUUGGCUCCUUCAAAAUUAGUGGGCAAAUUACUGAACUUUUUUGAUAGUACUGCUCAUAAAGUUGUUGGCGGUCCACCACCACUUGCUUCUUCAUCAUCAUUACAUGGAAGUGUUCACGGAAGUGAACAACCACAGCAUAUAGCACCAAGGGUAUUCAAUAGUCAAUCAACAAUGGCCAUGUCUUCAUUAGUUCCCUCUUCAAUGGAACCAAUAAGUGAGUGGACAGCUGAUGGUAAUAGAAUGACUAAGCCUAAUAGAAGCGUUUCAGAACCAGACCUUGGUAGGAGACCUAGACAGGAAGCAGCCUCACCUGAUGCAGGCAAAGCAUCAGUUUCAGGGGGUACAUCUCGAUUUUCUCGUUUUGGUUUUGGCUCACAGCUGUUCCAGAAGACAGUGGGGCUCUUGAGACCACGUUCUGGUCAGCAGGCUAAACUGGGUGAGGAGAACAAAUUUUAUGAUGAAAAGCUGAAGAGAUGGGUAGAGGAAGGUGCUGAACCUCCAGCCGAAGAAGCUGCACUGCCACCACCUCCAACAGCUGCUGCUUUCCAGAGUCCUAAACCUGAAUAUGACUUGAGAUCUGCAUUGAAGACAGAAGGAUCGCUCUCAAAUGAGGGCCCUGAUUUAAGAACUUCCAAUUCUGAACAUGCUUCAGGGAUCCCACCUAUGCCACCUACCUCAAAUCAUUUUUCUUCCCGUGGACGCAUGGGUGUUCGUUCAAGGUAUGUUGAUACCUUCAAUCAAGGAGGCGGAGCCUCUGCAAAUCUGUUUCAGUCUCCUGUUCCAUCUGUCAAGCCAGCUCUUCCUACCAACGCAAAAUUUUUUAUCCCUGCGCCUGCACCUUCAUCAAAUGAGCAGACAAUGGAAUCUACAGUAGAAAGCAAUAGAGAAGACAGUGCAGCUAAUGAUGAUCCAUCAACAUCUGUCAUGCAUGAACCAUUCCAAUCCCCCAAUACAACAUCAUCCAUGGGCAUGCAGAGGUUUCCUAGCAUGAGCAACAUCUCAAACAACGGAGCAAUGCCAAACGGCAUUCAUUCUCAAAACCUUCAUUCACGUCGAACAACCUCAUGGGGUGGUGGAAAUUUUGCUGAUUCAUUUAGCCCUCCAAAGGUUGGUGAAAUUAAGCCUCUUGGGGAAGCUUUGGGCAUGAUGCCAUCAAGCUUUACGUCAGAUGAGCCUUUAAUGCGUCACAAUGGGAGCUUUGGUGAAGAUCUCCACGAGGUGCAACUUUAAACAGAUUAUGCCGCUGUAAAUAUCAAAUUUUGUUUUAAUCAACAGAAUAGAUGAGACUCUGCUUCUGCAUACAAGAAUAGUGGGAUACAUCAAGCGGAGUUCAUGAAGAAGCAGAAGUCCUUUUUUCUGCCGCCCACCCUUCCCAUUUUUUUUUAUUUUUUUUAUACAUAUUUUGUUAAUUUUUUUGGGUUCUCAACACCUAAAUGGCGAUGUAUGAUUGAUUGUGGUUGGCUGACAUGAUAUUAGAAUGUUUGAUUUUACAUGCCAAGGGAGUUGGGCCACCAUCUCACGCAUAAGGAACUAGUGUUCUACUGCAGAGGGGGGGAUUGAGGGCCUGUUUAGGUGGGUAGUACAGUUAUUUUGUUCAUUUUAUUAAAAUUACACAAAUGUCCCUCGAGGAAAAGAUGGCCUCAACAGAUCAAGGACAAAAGGCUUAGUGUAUGAAAUUGUGAAAAAUAAAGCUUGUACCUUCUGAAUUUGUUUCAUUUAUGAAAUUGGAUUAAACUCA